AUGCAGUGCGUCACUGCGCCGUGCCCGUCGCGGCCAGCCCUGGCGGCGGGCAGCGGGCAACGUCCCGGGUACAGCAGGCCUCGCCGCGACGGGUCCCGCAACGCUGCGGCGCCGUUGGUGCCGUGCGGGGUCUCUGGACGUCGCGUGUGUGUUGUGCGCGCGUUCAACCCGAUUUCUUGGUUCAAGAAGGGCGAGGACGGGGAGCAGCAGACCGGCGCCGUGGACUUCGUCCCCGAUCGCACCGGGCGCGAGGGGCCGCUCCCCGAAUUCGACGUCACUGCCGCCGUACUCCUCGCGAAAUGCGCCUUCGAUGCCUACAACGAUCCGACUGGGGCGAUGGCGAUGCGGCAGACGGUGGCCAACAGCACCGCGGUGACCUACUUCUCGCGCCCGUUCGUCGCCGCGGCGUACAGCAGCAUCCUCCAGGUCCGCAACAUCAAGGGCCAGGGCCUCGCCGCGCGCGACAUCACCGGCAGCAGCGACCCGUACCUGCGCAUGAGCGUCGGCGACAGCGUCGCGGAGACCAAGACGCAGAUGAGGACGCUCGACCCGGAAUGGAAGGGCGAGCGCCUCGUCCUGUACGUCCCGCGCGACGCAGACCGCAUCCGCGUGCGCUGCAACGACUACGACCUGAUGUCCGAGGACGAUCUCAUCGGUGACACGAUCCUGCCGCUCUCCGCGGUCGAGCCGGGCGGGUGGCAGCCCCUGGAGCUCAAGCUACGCGGCCCCGACGGGGACGCGGGGACGCUGACGAUGGAGGUGCGCGUGAUGCCGUUCAAGCUCGGCGAGGACAGGUCGGGCAGCCGCAUCUCGGGGGCGCUGGAGCGGGUGCAGCAGUCGCUGACGCCGCAGUUCCUGAAGGAGGGCCUCGCGGGCAGCCAGGACGACGGGGAGAGCGACGACGCGUGGGCGGCGCUGGCCGAGGCGAUCUCGAAGGACCUGAUCGUCCCCCUGGACUACAAGCCCAUUGCGUUCGUGGACAACGACAAGACCGGGACGCAGCUGUGGAUCUACUGCGACGAGGUGCACCGCCAGGUGGUCGUGUCGUUCCGCGGCACGGAGCAGACGGAGUGGAAGGACCUCCUGACCGACGCCAUGCUGUCGCCGGUGGUGCUGGACGACGACGGCACGAUCACGAACAAGGACGCGAAGAUGCGGCCGGCGAUCGCGCAGGCCGCCGACAUGGUAGGGCAAGAUCCCUGCGUGCACGGCGGGUUCGCCGAGGCCUAUUUGUCGGUGCGGGGCAAGGUGACGGCCUUGGUUGACCAGAUCAUUUCGCCGCAACAGUGGCCGGACGUGCCGGGGGAUCAGCAGUGGACCAUUCUCGUAACGGGGCACUCGCUCGGCGGCGCGCUGGCGACGCUGUGUGCGUACGACCUGGCAGGGCGGCCAUGGGAGACGGCAGGCGUGGCGCGGCCCGACAUUAGGAUGUACAACUUCGGUUCCCCGCGCGUUGGGAACAUUGUCUUUGCGCAGAAUUUCGACGAGCGCGUGCCGGACGGGUGGCGCAUCACCAACGAGCGCGACAUUGUGUGCACAGUGCCUCGCCUGAUGGGCUACAGCCACGUGGGGCGGCGCGUCGCGAUCGCUGGCGACGGCGGCAAGGUGGAGGUGGACGGGCCAGUCAAGGAGGUGUUCGAGGGCAAGGAGGCUGGCGCGAUACUGCCCGCGGUGGUGCAGGACUUGCAGGCAAUGGUGGACGACGCGCCUGGGCUCGUGCAGCGGCUGGUGAGCGCGGACGAGGACGACGGGUCCCGGAAGAAGACCAUGGUCGAGAAGCUGCUGAACGAGGAGUUGGAGAUUCUGUCGCGGUUGAUGGACGGGAGUGCGCUGAGCAGUCACAUGGAGGACCAGUACCUGACAGCGCUUACAGUGCUGGUGUCAGGGCCUGCGAAGGACGGCACCGGCGCUGAUGGCGAGGACGCGGUAGCUGUGGCGGAGGAAUGA